AUGGGUAAAGCAGUUCUACCAAAGGAUUUCACAUGGGGCUUCGCUACUGCGAGUUACCAAAUCGAAGGAGCUCCUGAAGAAGAUGGUCGUGGCCCUUCUAUCUGGGACACCUUUUGCAAAAUCCCCGGCAAAAUUGCUGAUGGUAGUUCCGGAGACGUGGCAUGUGACUCCUACCAUCGAGUUCCCGAGGACAUUGCGCUUCUCAAACUCACCGGUGCAAAAGCUUAUCGAUUCUCUAUCUCCUGGUCUCGUAUCAUUCCCCUGGGUGGUCGCAAUGAUCCGGUAAAUCCAAAAGGUAUCGCUUAUUACACCAGGUUGGUGGAUGAUUUGCUCAAAGAAGGAAUUACCCCUUUCGUAACGCUGUUCCAUUGGGAUUUACCAGAUAACUUGGAUAAGAGAUACGGGGGAUUGUUGAACAAAGAAGAGUUUGUUAAGGACUAUGCUCACUAUGCAAGAGUAUUGUUUGAGGCGAUUCCACAAGUUAAGAAUUGGAUCACGUUUAAUGAGCCGUGGUGUUCUUCUAUCUUGGGGUACAGCACGGGAUUGUUCGCUCCCGGACAUACGAGUGAUAGAUCAAAGAGUGAUGUGGGAGACAGUAGCAGAGAGCCAUGGACAGUAGGACACAAUCUUCUCAUAGCUCACGGCGCAGCUGUUAAGAUUUACCGAGAAGAAUUCAAAGCUAAAGAUGGUGGACAAAUCGGAAUUACCCUCAAUGGUGAUGGUGUUUACCCCUGGGAUACUUCCGAUCCCAAGGACGUCGAAGCCGCCGAACGCAAACUCGAAUUCAGCAUUUCCUGGUUCGCAGACCCCAUCUACCACGGCAAAUAUCCAGAUUCCAUGCGCGCCCAACUCGGAGACCGUCUCCCUACUUUCACCGACGACGAAAUUGCAUUGGUGAAAGGCUCGAAUGAUUUCUACGGCAUGAACCACUACACUGCUAAUUACAUCAGACAUAAGACUACGGAACCGGAAGAAAAUGAUUUCUUAGGAAAUUUGGAAUUGCUGUUUGAGAAUAAACAGGGUGAUAAUAUCGGUCCAGAGACCCAAAGUGUUUGGUUGAGACCUAAUCCACAAGGUUUCCAUGAUUUGAUCUUGUGGAUUUCAAAAAGAUACGGGUUCCCUACUAUCUACAUAACCGAAAACGGCACCUCCCUUCUCCGCGAAAACGACAUCCCCUACCCCGACAUCCUGAAAGAUACUUUCCGCGCCGACUAUUUCCGCGACUACAUCCGCGCCAUGGCAUCCGCCGUUGAAAAGGGCGCCGAUGUGCGCGGCUACUUGGGAUGGAGUUUGAUGGAUAACUUUGAGUGGGCCGAGGGCUACGAGACCAGAUUUGGAGUUACGUAUGUGGAUUAUGAGGGGGGUCAGAGACGAGAACCCAAGGAGAGUGCGUUGGUUUUGAAACCGCUCUUUGAGGAGUUGAUUAAGAAGGAGUGA